GUGAUUGUACAAGCAAUGAUGCGGAUGAUCGCCAGCCAAGACUUGCCUAGAAAGGGGGCAUCCGGGGGGUCCACUGCUCGGUAACUCUUCUAAGGAAAAGAACCCCACUGAGGUGAUCAGUCUUGGCCAGAUCUCAAAGAUAUAAAGAGGGUCUCAUUCCCAGGAGAUUGUCUCAUUCUAUUCUUCAUCAUCAAGCAUCUCUCUCUUCUCUCAGAACUACAAGUCCAAACCAAAACAAAACUCCUCUUUAAGUCUUACUCUCAAACACUCUAUACAACUCUCAAAAUGUACUCCAACACCCCUGGCGCCAACUUCCUCGUCCUCUCUCCCAUCCAAACCGCCUCCCACGGGUCCCCCGCUCCUCGAGCCCGCUCCGACAGCUGCUCCUCUACCGACAGCGCCUCCUCCAACUUCCUCGUCCUCUCUCCUACCCAAGCAGGUCCUCACCACGCUGAGUACCGUGGCCGCUCGGACAGCUCUGCCUCCAUGGACAGCACCGCCUCUGCUUCCAGAUUCCUUGUUCUCUCGCCCACCCAGGCUGGUCCUCACCACGCCUCCAUCUCUGGCUCUGAGAACCGUGUCCGCUCUUCGGCCGCGCUCUCGCCCUCUCCGCUGCCUGCUGGGUUCCUCUUCCUGGGCUACGAUGCUCCCGUCCGGACUGCUUCGAGUGAAUAAACUCGUUACUUUUUCCAUUUUUCUCCUUUCUUGAAAGCUACCACCCGGUAUGAUCGCAUCAUCCGAUGCAACAACAACAUAACACACCACGACACGAACGACACGAUACCCAUCAUCUCCAGAUGAGUCCAGAGUCCAUACAAAAACGGCUCGUCCGGGGAGGUUUCU